AUGUACAAAGCCAACUAUACACGAAACCAUUUCAUCAUAUAUCCCAAGACCACAAGGGUAACCAGCCCCAAGCAAGUGUCUAUUCUUCAAUAUCCCAGGACCACAAGGGUAACCAGCCCCAAGCAAGUGUCCAUUCUUCAAUAUCCCAGGACCACAAGGGUAACCAGCCCCAAGCAAGUGUCCAUUCUUCAAUAUCCCAGGACCACAAGGGUAACCAGCCCCAAGCAAGUGUCCAUUCUUCAAUAUCCCAGGACCACAAGGGUAACCAGCCCCAAGCAAGUGUCCAUUCUUCAAUAUCCCAGGACCACAAGGGUAACCAGCCCCAAGCAAGUGUCCAUUCUUCAAAUAUCCAUUCUUCAAUAUCCCAGAACCACAAGGGUAACCAGCCCCAAGCAAGCGUUCAUGUCUCGAAUCCACAGAACCACACGGGUAACCAGCCCCAAGCAAGUGUUCGUAAUCUUAUUCCUAUUUCCAAAACAAUUCAUAAAAGUACACGUAUGUCAGAGCAUCGCCGAAUACAUCCUGAAAAUAAUGAAAACU